AUGGGCGUCCAGACCCCCAAAGUGAGAAAAUGCAAGCAUUUCCUCUCCUUGGACCGAGUGUCUAUCUCUGACAGCAAAAAAACAAAAACAAAAAAACCCCCAAAAAACUCUGAAGCCGGAUCUGCAGACAGCCCCAGCCACAUCCCCACCCCACCGUUCCCGGGACUCCUUUCGCAGAGCCUUUCCCAGCCUGGCUCCCGCUCCCGCUCCUCCUCCUCCCCGCUCGCUCCCCUCUCGACUUUCCGACUCAGGAGUCUUUUCGUUCCGAGAACCCGGGACUUCCCUCCUCACCCCCUUCCGCCCCGAAAAAACCACUGGCAGACCCCGAUCCUUUCGAGGAAAGUCCUGAAGUCCAAUGCGCGGAGCCCCAUGCAACAUAAACUCCCGCCACUGCCUCUGCCUCCUCUGCCUUGCCCCGCAUGUAUUCCCGGUUUAUUUUCAAGCAGCGGCUUUGGGGAGAGAGAGGAGAGAGAGAGAGAGAGAGAGAGGAGAGAGAGAGUCUGGAGGGGGAGGAGGAGGGAGGGGAAAGAAUACGGGAAGAUAAAGCCGGCGGCCGGGCUCCGCUGGCCGCCGCUCCGCGCGCGGGUGCCCGGGGGGUGCGGGUGCCGGUGCCCGGGAGCGCGGUGUCAGGGAGCGAGCGCCUCCCCGCCUCCGCGGCGCGGCCGGAGCUCGCCUCGCGCACCCACCCCUGCCGCGGAGCCGACUUGCUGCAGCCCAGUGCAUUGUGUAAGACGCGACCUGUUAUGGCCACCACUACUUCCGGGUUCUAGCAUUCUGGUCGGAAUCCACCUCUCCGCCCGUGCAACACACACUUUACACACGCACGGGGACUGCGAGCGGGCAGCAUCGAUUGUGGCUCCUUUAAGACAAACUCAGACAGACAUUUUUUUUUUUUUUUUGCAACCCUCCUCCUCUAAUCUCCCUCCAGUGCAGCAGUUGCAAAGAGGGAGAGGGAGAGGAGAGAGAGAGAGAGAAAGAGAAAGAGAGCGAGCGAGCGAGAGAAGAGAGAAACUGAUUAGGAAUUAGGACCGAUUCUAGGGAAGCGAGCAGCGCUAGGGCUUUUGUGCAUUUGAAUAUGAACAUUUGAGGUGUUCUGACCAGAAGAAGACAGAGC